AUUUCCAGUGACGUACAUCUACCUCUUGCCCUUUACAGUGGGCAGUCUGUGAUUCUUUUCCGCAGCUCAAAUAUCUCAAGGUUUCUUCACUCCAUGGGAUGAUUGAUUGAGAUGAAGAGCUGCUGUGGGCUUGCCGCAAUUGCCAGGAGCACACUGUGGCACUCAAAUUCAAGCACAACAUUUAUGUUGUGGACACGUGCCAGUGUUCAAUAUGUAAAGCUGCAGAGUGUUGGUUAUAGUGCGGCUGCGGGCCGAAAUACAUCGGCCCGCCAAAUAGCUACAACACAUUCUGGCUGGAGCGCAGCGCCGCUCCCUUCUGCUCCGGAUGUUGCCAAUCGUGUCAAAGCUGUUUUACGCCGGAUGCCGCAGUCCGUUGUGGUCAUCACUGCCGCCGGGGCAUCUCCACCCAAAGGCUACAACAGUGCCAUGACUGCAAAGCAGGACGUCGAACCUGUUGGAAUGACCGUAUCAUCCUUCGCCUCUCUGGAUCUGGAUGGUGACGUGGCUGCCGUCGCCUUCAACGUCAAGAGGCCGAGCAGGACAUUAGACGCAAUUGCCCGGGGAGGCGGUGUGUUCAAUGUUCACGUGCUGGCGGGAACCGAUGCCGGCGCACGUGUAGCGCACCAUUUUACGCGACCCAAUGGAGCCAAUCCGUACGAGGUCAGGGAUGGCGAACUCGAACCUAGCAAGCCAGGGUCAGCAUUGGGUCUUUUUGAUGAGCUGGAGAGGAGAACGGGUUGCGUUGCCAUUUCCACCGGAUCUGGCCAUCGAGGUCACGGCAGUCCGCCGAUGCUCCAGGGCCCAGGGGUUCUGUACGUUCUCAAGUGCGCCCUGUCAGAGUCAUCCGAGAGAAUGAUGCUGCCCAUCAUGAACCAUACAAUCGUCGUCGCGGGAGUGACAGACGUCGUGGCUGGCGAGUUGCCUCUGGUGGAGGGCGAGCAAGGGACUGGGUCUCUCAAUGAAACUCCUACUACGCUUGGGUUGACGUAUGGGGACCGCCAAUACCGACGUCCGGGUGGUGUCAUACUCAAUGGGGACGGAUCAGCCCCAAAAGCCUCUGAAAAGUAAACGAGCAAGCAGACAAAGACGGGCUCAUGGGUCUGCUAAGUGACUAUUCUGGCCACUAUUCGAACACGCAGCCAUUCAACCGAUGGUGCAUAGGACGACUGAGGAUUCCCAGUUUUGUAAGAUGAUGUAUUAUCUGAAUGUAAUAUAAGAAUACCCAAGGAGUGGAUAAACGCAUACGAUAGAAUGUCAACAUAGAGAAUUUGCAUAGAGGGACCGGG